CUACGAGCAUUCCUGUGCCAGCAAUGUCCCUUUGUAUUCACUGUCCAGCCCAGCCCCCCCAGUCCCAUCUGCAAGCCUUGAGUCCCAGCAUUCCUCGCAGCACCAGUGUGUGGCUGGAGGUUCUGCAGACCGGAGCACUGUGGAGAUAUUCAAGGAAGAAGUGACAGGAAACGGACUGAAGCGAUGGCGUCUGCUGAUCUGAGACAGGAGCUGAACUGUUCCAUCUGCCUGAGCAUUUAUACAGAUCCUGUAACCCUGAGAUGUGGCCACAACUUCUGCCGGGUCUGUAUUGAUCAUCUGCUGGAUACACAGGAGGGGUCUGAAGCUUAUACCUGUCCUGAAUGCAGAGCAGAGUGUCAGGAGCGUCCUGCACUGAUACGGAACAUAACGCUGUGUAACAUAGUGGGGAGUUUCCUAUCUACUCGGCCAGAUCAGGAGGAGACUGGGAUCCUCUGCACUUACUGUGUGGACUCUCGUGUACCUGCUGCUAAAUCCUGUCUGAUGUGUGAGGCUUCUCUGUGUGAUAAUCACCUGAGACUACACAGCAAGUCAGAAGAACACGUCUUAUGUGAUCCCACCACUGCCCUGGGGAACAGGAAAUGCUCUGUACAUAAAAAGGUCCUGGAGUAUUACUGCACUGAGGACUCUGUCUGUGUCUGCGUGUCCUGCAGGCUGGAUGGAGAACACAGAGGACAUAAGAUGGAGUCACUGGAUGAGGCCUCUGAGAAGAAGAAGGAGAAGCUGAGGAAUGUUCUGAAGAAACUGACCACAAAGCGAGCGGAGGCUGAGAAAAGAGUCCAGAGUCUGCAGGAGCGCAGAAGAGAAGAUCAGGGAAAAGCAGCUGGUGAAAUAGAGACAGUCACUGCCCUGUUUAGAGACAUCAGGAGACAGCUGGAAGACCUGGAGAAAAGGGUCCUAAGUGAGAUCUCCAGGCAGGAGCAGGGCAUUUCACUCCCAGUCUCUGAUCUGAUCCAGCAGCUGGAAAUAAAGAAGGAUGAGCUGUCCAGGAAGAUGCGUCAUAUUGAGGAGCUGUGUAACAUGUCUGAUCCAGUGACUGUCUUACAGGAACCAGACACAGGGGACUUGUGUGAUACUGAGGAGCUUUGUAACAUGUCUGAUCCAGUGACUGUCUUACAGGAACCAGGCACAGGGGACUUGUGUGAUACUGAGGAGCUGUGUAACAUGUCUGAUCCAGUGACUGUCUUACAGGAACCAGACACAGGGGACUUGUGUGACACUGAGGACACAGAGGACUUGUGUGACACUGAGGACACAGAGAGACAUGAUAACCAGGUCCGUGGUGCAGGAGAUCUGGAUGUGGGUCUCAUCUCAGGGACAUUACACACAUUAUCUGAUAUAAUAACAGGGAUAAAUACAGGGAUCUAUGUGCAGGAGGCUACAGCCCUAUUACUGGCUGGAGCCACAGCUGGUGAUAAUAUACAGAUAUCAGGUGACAGGAAAACUGCAUCCAAGUCAGAGAUAAACCAGAAUCACACAGUUACACCAGAGAGUUUUGAGUGUAAUCAGGUAAUAAGCAGCAGGAGAUUCUCCUCAGGGCGACAUUACUGGGAGGUGGAUGUCAGUAAGGCAGUGAGGUGGAAGGUGGGGAUGUGUUACCCCAGUAUAGGCAGGAGGGGAUACGAGUCAGUCAUUGGAUGUAAUAACAAGUCCUGGGGUGUGUGUGGGUGGUGUAAUCAGUAUGCAGUGAUACAUGAUAGUACAGAGAUCCAGUUACCUGACAAUCUCCCCUGUGACAGAGUGAGGGUAUAUCUGGAUUAUGGGGCAGGACAGCUGUCCUUUUAUUCUCUGUGUGACCCCAUCAGACACUUACACACCUACACUGCCGCCCUCACUGAGCCCCUCCAUGCUGCAUUAUGGUUAGCGGAUGGGUGUAUAACUAUAUGUGGGGGAGUCAGGAGCUGGGAGAAAUUACCAUAAAGAAUCUGCCCAGAGACUGGUGACAUCACAGGGAAGGGUAUAGGAUUAGGGGAACGUUCAGACAAUAGAAUGAUGUAUUGGGUGGAGCUACAGCUGAGCCCCUCCCCCUGUGUAACCAUCUGACCAGGGUGUGGGUGUGUUUCCAUGUUGGUGUAUCAUGCUGGGUACACACUGACAGACAUAUCACCCACCCAGCUGUGAUGUCAUCACCGACAUAUCUAAUGGCCAAUUGGUCAGUCAGUAUACUGUAGCAUACCUUAUUGGAUGCUCUGUCGGUGUGAUGGUGUGUCGGCAGACAUGUCGCUGAGGUGUGUACCCAGCCUUAGAGACUGUCAUUAUAAAUAUAUACAUAUACAUCUCUGUGGGAUUUCUCCACCUCUGACUCACUGACAGCUGUGAUUGGCUGCAAUAUCUGUCUGUCAGCCAGUCAGUGCUACGCUUGCUCCUAUUGGCUGUAUAGGGAUGAUGUCUCCACCUACUGGUAAUUGUAGCCCAAUGUUAUGGGCCUGAUCCAUGUUUGUAUAUGUAGCCCUAGGAAAGGGUUAAUCCUAAAAUAAAUAAAUAUAUGAGUAAUUUCUGA